AAUAAGUAAUAUCCGUAAUAUGAUUGAUAUGAACAGUAUUUUAGCAAUCACAUGGCCUCUUCUUCUAUGAUGAAGGUGGUUGUCUGCUUUGAAUCCAAACCAAACAAACUGUGAUUUUCGUGCUGAACCCAGCAUACAAUUCCCUUCAGCGUUCCUUAGUUUGUUCUUGUUUCUUCCAGACAGGAGCAACUUGUGCAUUGCAGCGUGAGAAUUGUCCAUCUAUUAGGGUAUAGAUGUCUCUCUGAGGAUAACGAAUGCUUCCUUUUCCUGCCGAUCAAUGCCAGUGGGGUUCCAUGGCUUCAUAAAUGGCUUUUCUAUGGCUUUUUCCUGCUUCACUGCUCAGUCUGAAUGCCAUGGAAUAAGAACAGUGUAGGUCUAAUACCUCUAAACUAUCAGUUUUCAAAAAAGUGGCACUGCCAAAAUUCUGAAAAGUUGAAAUAUUGUCAACUUCAGACAUCUUCAGAAGCUGCACAGAAAGGCAAAAAAUGCUUUAAAGGAGGUGCCUGCUUACAGCCGAUGCACAGCCUCACAUGCUUCUUUUUUUGUAACAAAAAAAAACGCUGGCACACUGAAAAACAACCCCAGUGGAAGCACACCUCAAGAAAAAAUGUGUUGUACUCACCAUUAAGUGCAGACACGAGAUCAUCUGCAAUAACCCUAUUGUCUCUAUGACAACCAGGGAAUAAUGAUACACAGUUGGUAGCUAAGGCCUGGAAUGACACAUGGUGGCAUUUUGCAAUGUAAUGCUGUAGUAUUUUCAAUCUGCAUUCAAACCUAUGUAGCUACUGCGAUCUGAUGAGGCUAAAUUAGUGUUUUGCUUUUGGUUUCUCUUCUCAUCAGACACUCCUCUGACUCACAGUCCUAGAGCUCACCCUCCUUCCACAUGAAAAGGCAGCUGCUCUGUGUCAACAUGAUGCUCCAUCCUGCCAUUUUGUCUGAUUCGGUGUCAUGCCGUUCAUUGAUGGAUAUGAGCAUGUCGGUGCUUGUGUUUGGAACAGGAAGAAUCAGAAACGGACUGAAGGUUGUGAAGUUGCAUCUGAAUAUUACUUGAUUCAGGAACUCAAGACCCUUUUGAUUUGGAAAAACGUGAGCAUGCUGGACAUGGCGAGGAUGCCCAGGAGCUUGAUUGACUCAUCUGGGUUUACAGUUGAACCAGUGAUUAAAUAAAGGGUCUUAAGUAAGGGUCUCACCAUAAAAGGAACUGGGCCUCUUCUCUCCUACACAUGGAUCCUUUAUUAGACGUUAUAGAAACCACCGGGUGAUCUUGUGUGCGCACUUGACAGUUUGAUGGAUGGGUGGGUAGCUGGCUCGAGAUACAUUGACUACAGUGUGGCAGCAUGAGGAGCAAACAUCCACAUGUGGACAUUACAUUCUUAAUACUAUUAUUAAAAUAUAAAGCUACAUCUGCAAAUGUGUCAGGAGAUAAAUAAACAUUAAAAAUAUAGAUUGUAAUGUUUAAAAUAACACAUAUACCCAUUGUUUCAUGCAUUUGUAUCAUAAACCUACAAUAUUUUUCAUUAAGAGGCUUUUUAUUUAGCAGAUGGUAUUGGUCAUGACUCGAUCAUGGCACAAAAUUAGCAAUCAAUGACAUUGGUCCUGCCUGCCUAUUCUCUGUUGCAUGAGUCAUUCUUGUCCCCUGCUUUCUCUUGAAUUGACAGUCAGCUUGACCCUUUACUGAUUCUUGUAACCUUUUCAUUUACCUCUGACAUGCUGUGAUUUUGAUUCCAUGGUAUUUUCAUCGUUUGUUUGUUUGGAUCCCCAUCAGCUGCUGUAUCAUGGCGGUAUUCCUGGGGUCCAUAUAAGAAUAUACAUAGUGACACCAGAGGACAGAGACAGACAAGCUCUGAAAACUACUAUAAACUACUAUAUUAAUCAAAAAGGCUGCAAGGCAAAUAAUGUUUAAUGUUUUACUAUUUUCAGGAUGCUUUUUCAAUUACAAUUUAAAACUGGACACAGUAUUAUCUUGAUUAAUCUGUCGAAGGAGUUAAUUCAUUCAUACAUUGCUCAAUAUAAGACAGCACAUUGAAUUGAAGUAGUACAGUACACACUGCCUUUUUGCCACAUGUCUAGUAAAAUAGUUGUGUCUCAAUACUAAAAGUAAAAUUUUUGUACAAGAUAAAUGGGGUCUUUGUGAUUAUGAUAUGUCUGAUAGAAGUAAUGAAUACAGUAAUCUGUCUUAAACAUCAAGAUAGGAGAGACUUUCAUGCAUGCAUUUCAUGAUAACCUUUCCUGUAGGCCAAGACAGCUCAGUUAUUAUUAAUGACUCUAAACCCCCCAAAGCUCAGACCCCUUGAACAUGGCCUAAAGCACAAGAUUCGUACAUCAAAUUCAUCUGAUCCUAAAAGUUAGUUACAGGGUUAUUACACAAGAAAAUAAGAAAAUGUUAUAUAAUCAUGUAAGUUGAUAAGUCAAGUCAAGUUUACUAUAUAGAAACACAGACAUAAAUAGAAAAAUACAACAAUUAAUAAAAGCAUAGAAUAUCUUGAUAAAAUCAUAACUCAUAGGACUGGCAUGUCUUCAUGAUCAGUCAAGGCGAGAGGAAAUAAAAGCGUGAACUAUAGUCUCCAAAUCUUUAACAGACACCACUGAUUUUAAUUUUGCAAGUGAUCUAAGAUGGUAGAAGCUAGUGCUGACAACUGAGUUUUGUUUAUCAAAUUUUAAACCAGAAUCAGACAUAACACAAGAUUUUUUGCGUGGAUAUUCAAUGACAGAGGCCCGAGGGCAGUGAUUGUGGUUACAGAGUUGUCUGCAGGGUCGAAGAUUAGGACCUCAGUUUUAUUCUGGUUUAGCUGAAGGAAGCUUUUUGCCAUCCAGGAUUUUACAUUCUCAAUACAAUUUAAAAGGGAGAUAACACUGCAUGGAUCAUAAGGUUUCAGUGGGAGGUACAGCUGGGUGUCGUCAGUAUAACAAUGGAAGGAGAUAUUAUAUUUUCUGAAAAUAGACCCAUAGGCAUUCAUAGUGAUGUCACCCGCCUGCUUUAAUUUUGAAAACCUGAUGCUGAAAUAACAUUACCCAUGAAUUAAAGCUCCAACUAUGUCUACACAGACAAUACUAUAUGUGUCCCUCCUGAAUUAAUUGGCUAAAUUAUAACGUGCUCCCUCUUGGCAGACAAUAUUUGAAGACAAGAUGAUUUGUGUACAUGGGCAGACUCUUUAGAGGGACGAUCAAUGUUGCUUUUGGUUAUUUCCUGGGCGCUGUAGCCUCUCUCCAUACCUUCGCUCUGCAAUCCUUUUCUGCAGUGAAGUGUGAACAUUAAAGUGAAUGUGGAGGAGGAGUCCUCACUAGGGGGAAAGGGGUGGGGGGCGGAGAAAGAGUAAGAUACCAGCAACACAGGCAGAUAGCGAUGUUCACUGGAAGAACAGAGGCUUCAGUGUAAAGAGUAUGAGCAUCUUAACAGAGCAGGUCUGCUGGGAGUGUCGUUCUUAAUCUGAGUGGUGAGCUGAAGCUUUGGAUACUGGCCACUCAUCAUCAGCCUGAGAGUGAAUCUAACAGAUGACAGCACUCAGACAGCCCUGGGUUUAAGACAAUUCCUUUGAUUAAAGAGGAGGGGGAGGUGAAUUGCCUGCUACUGGAAAAAUGUCUGACUUUGAAGAGUUCAGCAAGGCAGGAGGGCAGGCGAAUGUGUCAGAGAGCUACCAGCUGAACCCCACUAGUGUGAUUGUGUCUGUGGUCUUCUCCCUCAUCUUCCUGCUGGGCACCAUCGGCAACAGCCUGGUGCUCGCUGUGCUUCUGCGGAGCGGGCAGGUUGGAUACAACACAACCAAUCUGUUCAUACUCAACCUGAGCGUGGCCGACUUCUUCUUCAUCAUCUUCUGCGUUCCUUUCCAAGCCACCAUCUACUCUCUGGAGGGCUGGGUGUUUGGCUCCUUCAUGUGCAAAGUGGUCCACUUUUUCAUCAACCUCACCAUGUACGCCAGCAGCUUCACGCUCGCUGCAGUCUCUGUUGACCGAUAUCUGGCCAUUCGUUACCCACUGCGCUCUAGAGAGCUACGAACCCCGUGUAAUGCAGUAGUUGCCAUGGUGAUCAUCUGGGGUCUUUCCCUGGUCUUUGCAGGUCCUUAUCUAAGCUACUACGACCUGAUUGAUUAUGCCAACAGUACUGUGUGUAUCCCCGGCUGGGAGGAGCAGAACCGUAAGGUGCUGGAUACGUGCACCUUCCUGUUUGGCUACGUCAUCCCUGUGCUGAUUGUGAGUCUCUCGUACACUCGAACCAUCAAGUACCUGUGGACGGCUGUCGACCCUCUGGACGGCAUGUCGGAAUCCAAGAGGGCCAAACGCAAAGUCACCAAAAUGAUCAUCAUUGUCACCGUGCUUUUCUGCAUAUGCUGGCUGCCCUACCAUGUGGUGAUCUUGUGCUACCUGUAUGGAGACUUCCCUUUCAAUCAGACCACGUACGCCUUCAGGCUUCUCUCUCACUGCAUGGCCUACGCCAACUCUUGUGUCAACCCCAUCGUGUACGCUCUGGUGUCCAAGCACUUUCGCAAAGGCUUCAAGAAAGUGUUCAGCUGCAUCCUCAGCAAAAAUGGGAGAAAUAAGGUUCAUGUGGUUCAUGUAGCCAACACUGUGCCUGGGUUUGAAGCAGGCUCCACAGAGGUGUCGCAGAUGAACGAGGAGAACAUACGACAGAACGAAUGUGAAAUGAUUAACAGGCCUAUCGCAGAGCCAAGAGAAGCCACAGUGACACUGAAUUUGCCCUUUCAGCGGCAGACUUGACGUGAUUCAGCUUUGUUGACAGGCUCAGUACAGAAUGCCUUAUGUGAAAGACAUUGCAGGUAAUAUUUUUUUUUAAAUGUGUGAACUUGUCAUCAUGAUAUUCACAUUUUUGGUGGCAAACAGGAAAGGAUUCAUAUACAAACAUAUUUACACAGAUACAGUGUAUUAAGGUGUAUACAGUUAGUCCACGACAAAAAAUGUGUUUGUGUCAUCAUUUAUCAAAUACUGUCAAAUAUUACUUCCCAUAAAGUUCCACUAACAAAUAUAUACUCAGUCAGAAAGGUUUGUAUUUACUAAAAGUGAAAAUUUCUCAGUAUUUUCUGUUUCCACCAUUUGCCUUAACCACGGCUUGCACUUAUUUAUUUAAGUUAAGUUUAAGUUUUUUCAAUAUUUGACAAUCCACAUUAUUCCAGCACUUUUUAAGAGCAGCACAGAAUGUGUCUCAUAAUGUAUGUUUUCCCUUUUCAAAUGGUUGGCGACUGUGGGGGGAAAUUCAUGUAAUUGAUUUCAAACACGGUUUGAAGCAGGUUUAGGGUCAUUGUCCUGCUCAUAAAGUCUGAAGGAAUGGCAUUUCUCUGCAAAGUGGUGCUUCACCUCGCUGAUGUGAAGUCCAUCCUGUGCAAGUAACCGACAGGCCAGUUGUCACCAAAGUAUUUCCAACACCAUGUUCGACUGUAGGUUUUAUGUUUUGUUUUUCAAAGUUUGAUUAAACCUUUUUGACUAGUUUUGAAAGUGCGAGCCAGUUAUUAAGGUUGUUGCAAGUUCUAACUGGUGCAGGAUGUCCUUUUGGUCUCUUUUGUAUCUUGCAUGCAGAUGCUGUUCUGUCUUGUCAAGAUAGUAGCCUAUUACUAGGUAUAUUUGAAUUAUAUAUAACUUAAAAAAACUUUCAUAAAAUUUUGUGCAAACAUAAUGUUAUAUUUCAAUUUCAUACCAGCAUUUAAAGUCUCAAAAUGUAAGAGAAGCUCAAAAAUCAGGUGUCAAAAGGUACACAUUUAGUAAAAAGAGAAGUUUAUUUAUUUUACAAACAUGAAAAACAAACAGUUCUUGACAGACGACUCAAGUCUUUUUGGACUCCACUACAAAACAUGUUCUUGCUUUACUUGUAUUUUGCAAUGAUUCAUGGCAUGUUUCUCUUUGGUGUAAAAUAUUAUAUAUUUAAAUGAAUAUGUUUAUCAAUGAGUGCACUUAAGCAUUUAUGAGUUGUGUAUUUUAAAAAGUGUGUAUUUUGUGUAUUUAAAUUUUAAUUUUAAAAGCUGUGAAAUGAUAAUCAUCAUUCACCUGGUUUGUUUAGUUUCCUUCCUCAAAUGAAAGCAGAUCCUCAGCAUCUCUCUCUCUAUUUUGCUGUAAGCUUGUGUCCUACCUCAGAGCUGUAAAAAGAAAAAUCUUCUCGCCUCUUAGCUGUGUUCUGUUCAGAUUGUGUAAGAUGCCAUUUUCCUCUUGGGAGAAUAAUUUCCACACAGAACAUUUUUCUUUGCACUGACUGCACUGCAAUUUUCAUCCAGUGUGUCUACUGUGAUUUUUUCCUUUGCAUCUACAGUAUAUACUUUAGUGUCUUGUAGAGUUUUCAAACAUAACAGCCUGUAGAUUUUAAGAAUAUAUAUUAAUUAUAAUAAUUGACCAAAUAAAAUAUUUUCUGCUGUGA